GCACGCCAGCCAGCCAGCCAGCCUGGCUAGCUAAUCCGUCCGCUGGUCGUCGUCCAGACAACAGCAUGGUCCUCUUAGCAAUCAGGCCUGGUGCCCUGAACGCAUUCGUGCUCAAGCCGAGAGACGGCGAAUCGCUGCACUCGCUCAAAGCCCGCAUCCUCAAGAAGCUCUCACUUCCUGCUGGUAGAGCAGAGACAGAAGCCUUGGAGGUCAAGUAUGAAUGGGUCGGCGUACGCUACACGCUCGACGACGAUGAUGACCAUGAGACCUUCUUGCUCCGAACGGGCAUGCCCACAGCCCCCGAAGAAGUUUCACUUUUCUUGACAGGCGACGCCAUACCCCAGCCCACCCGAUCACCCCUGCCCGGCCACCGUCCUCUCACUUCGUCAGCAGAUGGCGACGCCCAGUCUGCUUACUCUGGCUAUGCGCCUUCGAUCUCCUCCGCCAUCUCUUCUCGUUCCUACUCGGGAUCACCCCACACCGUGCCCAGCAAGGAUACCUCGAUUCACCUGAUCGCUUCCUCCGCAGAGGGAGCGGACCCGGACGGAUCGGGCGAUAAUGAGACACUGAACGGUGCAGCCUCUCUCAACGGCACCGCCAAGACGCGCAGUGUCAAGUCGUUCGCCAUCAAGUCUGGCUUGGGCGACAAGGACAAGAACGGCAAGCCCAUUCCCCAGCACAAGCGCGACUUUGAGGCCUUUCACAAUUCCAGAGGCGUGCGGACGUUCAUCGGAUCGAUCGGACCCGUAGAGAAUGUGAGAAUGAUGAUGAAGACGGGACAUCGCAAUUGCUACAUGUCCCGCGAAUUCGCUCAACAACACGGUUUCAUUCCCAAAGAUGCUGCGCCGGGUUUCUACGGCUUCAGCGGGAUCACUAACCUUGGCAGCUGGCCUGUCAAGGUAGGCACAAAAGUCAUCCAGCAGCAAGUCAUGCUCAUCGAGAAUAGCUAUUUCCCUAUUGUUCUUGGGAGAUCAUUCAUGGAGAAGAGAGGCGUCAAGACUGAUCCGCUCGAUCAGACGAGCGUCAUCUUCAUGGACACGGGAGAAGAGAUUCCGACCGAUGUCGUCGUCGUCAAAGACAGCAAUGGCGAUGUCGUCGUCGUGCCUUGAGCGCAACGAAAAGCCCACUGUGGCGGCUCACUCUCACUAUCGUCAUCACUUUCCAUGCAUGCUUGUCUUAUCAUGCGGCAGAUGUGCACGUACUUUGAGGCGAUAUGCAGUAUCAUCCGCAAGUAUUGCAAAGCAGACCAGCUGGUAUGGCCUGGCAGAGUCACAGAUCAUGCAUUGCACGAGGACCCCUUGCAGAGCACU